AUGAAGGACCCGACCACGCAGCCGUCGAUGGAGCUCUCCGACCUCCGAUCCUUCCUGAUGCUGAUGGAGGGCCUGCCUGCCGUGCCGUGCCCAGGGUCGCCCUCGAUGCUAGAGGUGCCCUCGUCGCCGAACUCCAACGCCACCGAGUCGACCGACACCUCCCUCUCCGCCUCGCCGUCUCCAAAGCCGGAGAGCCCCCGUGACAGCCAGAAGGCAGCGGUGAACGUGCAUGGUGCGGCUCCGGGAGGCCGUCCGGUGAGCGAGCCCACGGCGCGUCCGGCGAACGGGAUGGCGAAGCUAUUGGAGGAGCAGUUGUGUGUCGAGGCUGGCGGCUCUCGUCACGCUCCUCCCCAACUCCGCAAGUCCCUGAGUAGAGACGCGCAUGCGGUGCGCGUGCCGGUGCCUCGGGGCCGCGCUGCGGGCGGCGCAGCGCAGGCGAGGCAACUCAAACGGCGAGCAACGAGGCCGAUGGUGCUCAGCUGGGGCGGGGCAGUCCUCGUUGACUGCGAGCGCCGAGGCACCAGCGAGGGCGCGGAGAGCUACGGACUCUCGAGGAUUGCCGCGAGCGCGAGGGCAGGCUGCGGGAAAAGCUCGCUCUCAAUGACGGCAAUGAUUCCCGCUUUACCCAUCGAGGUGACUUCCGUUUUAUUCAUUACGCUGCGGCACGCCGUCGCGCGGGCCUCGGGGACGACAAGAAGUUUGAAUGGCUUCAACUCCAUCUCACGAGAGGCCAUCUUUGCUGGCCUGCGUCGCUGGCCCGCGAGGCGGCGACGGCAACCGGUCUUCAUGUCCCGGUCGUGGGGCAUAGCUCGGGUGUAA